CUUCAAUCGAUCAAUCAAUCUCCUGGCUGUGUCUCCUUCCUUUCGUCGAUCGAUCCCGAUAUUCACCCAUAGAUUGAUCGAGACCAUGUUGUACGAGUUGAUCGCAAUUGUCCGCCCCGGCAGCCUCAGCGAGGUCCGAGAAAUCGCUCGCAAUGCCGGCAUCCAGGUCCUACGCUCCGGCGGCGUAGUCCGCGGCUACACCAACUGGGGCACCUUCAGCCUGCCCCGUCCCACCACGAAACACCAGGCCCGCUACGCCGAAGGUCACCAUUUCAUCAUGCGCUUCGAUUCCUCCGCGAGCGUCCAGAACAGCGUCCGCCGAACCCUCGGUCUCGACCCUCGGAUGAUCCGCUUCUCCGUCGUGAAGCUCGGCGACAAGUUGGAGGACAUUAAGGAUGUGGAGGGCAAGGUGGAAUGGAACAGAUACCGUAGCAUGCUGUUCCGACCUGAGGCAAACUAGGUUACUGGUUUGACGAUCGUUUUUACUCAUUGUUAUUAUGUUCGCGACGAAAAAAGAGCCGGAGGAGCCUUCUCGGUUGGUUUGCCCUGCGGCGCAACGCGUCUGAAUCGUUAUUGUAUCAUAUUUGGGAUGGGAGUUACUUUUUAUUCUGUGUUGUAUAUCAUAUCAGCAUCGUUGGCGCAUAUACUUGAACUGGCCGGUUUCAGGCCAAUAAAGAUGAU